AAUCACUCUCUAUGUUCUCAUCAAGCUAGCAAAACCCCUAGACAGAAAGAAAACAAACCUUCCCACAAAAAAAAUGGGUCUCCAAAGUGAAAUGAUGAUCCCUCAUCAAGCUGGCCAUGGGUACAAGAACCAGGCCAACUACUCUCAUGAAGAGGAAGACUACUAUUCCUACAAUGAUGGAUAUGACUCCUCCAGCAUGCAGAUGAUGAGGCCCAGCCCUAACCCUAAUUUCAACUCCCACUACUUUAUGUCCUCCGCCGCCCAACCGCCGCAGUACCACGUUGCGCCGGCGCCGGGACAUAGCUACCCGCGGCCUAUCCCGCACCACGGCUUCGGAGACGACGGCCACUAUGACCAUUACUACGAAAACAAGAUGCACCAUGAGUUCUCCAAAGCUUACGAUGGCGGCAAAGAACAGUGUCACGAUGAUGAUGACGUUCACGGUUUCGGCGGCGGCAAACAUCACAGCUUACACGACGAUCACGGGUUUGGCGGCGACAAACACGGGUUUGGCGGUGACAAACACGGGUUUGGCGGCGAGAAACACGGGUUUGGCGGCGGUAAACAGCACGUGAUCAGCUCAUCAGUUGAAUCCUAUUAUGGGCAGAAAGGGAUGAAGAAUAAGCAGCUGGUUCCCACUCUAGCUGCAGAGGGUUAUAAGUUGCUGGGCGGCGGCGGCGGCGGCUUUGGAAGUAAGAUUCUGGAUGGUGUUAGUCGUCAUCAGAUGAGCCGCCGUCCCGAUGGGUUGUUCAGGGAAAAGAAGAGCGACCACUGGGAACUCAAGAGUAUUGAUGAUUGAAACCUAUAAUUAUUAAAACCUAAGCUAAUUAAGCAAGUCCAUAUAGGCAUAUAUAUAUAUACUGUAUAAUAAGAAUCUAUCUGAUCCUUAUAUAUUACCGAUCUUAAAUAACUCAAAAUUAAAAGGCCCAGCUUGCUAGCUGCUGCUUAUUACAGACUUGUCCCUUCCUCCCGUUUCUAAGAAUGGAAUGAUAUAUAUUAAGG